AUGGCGAGUUCCAGUAAUGCAGUUCCGGCAGUUGAUGUUGUUUCCGAUCAGUACCAAUUAGCAAAAACUCAGGCUCUUUCACUCCCCAUGGAAGAGUUGAUGCGAUUGAUAGAUGAGGUUCAAAGUGAAAUAAACCGCCAUGCAAGUGAAGAGCCUCAGCGGUUAAGGGAAGAGGAGGAGAGGAGGAAAAGAGAAGAAGAAGAAAUUGAUGCAUUGUUCGCUGCAUGGUUACCACAUCACUUUGCAAGGUCUGACAGAAAAGGUGAAGAGAGGGCUGAGAGACAUCAGAGAGGUCCAAGGUAUGGAAGCGCCACUGAAAGUGAUUCUGAGGGGGGUUCUGAUGCAGGUUUCGAAUAUCGCAUUGAAGAGGUGGACAUCAGUGAUGAAAGUUAUGAUACUGCUGAAGAGAAGAGGAAGAUGGAGAGAUACUUUGACUGGAAGUUACGCCGGCGUACUUUUGAUGAAGAUCUUCCUGACGUCUCCAGAGAUGAUGAAGAAGAAGAGAGCAGUGAUGAUGAGGAAUCGUCAUCUGGAGAUAGUGAUACUUCUCCUGCAUCAUCAGGAAGCAGCUGCAGCGAGAGAGUGAGAAAAAAGUCUGAAGAUGAUAAGCAAGGUUUUAACACAACUGCUUUCUCGAUGCUUACUUCCAGUUCUCUUAAAUUUCUGAUGGGUAAUGGUGUUAAUGAUGGUGGUGACAAGAUGGAUUUGGUCUGGUGUUUGAAUGUUAUUAGUAGGGUUGAUGUUUAG